UUAUUUUGAGUAAGUAUUCCGAGAGGCCACAUGGGGUUUGCCAUCUGUGACAGAGAACUCUGAUGCAUGAGUGAUGAAAAAACUGCUCUCCAGUGACUAUUGUGACCACCCAGACAGUAUAAGACAACUCAGCACUUGACGUCGAUGGCCCAAAAUGACUCUACCACUGGAGACUCUCUUCAGUAAAAAAGACAACCAGACAGGAGGCUGGGAUGAGCAUGCCACUGCAUCAGAUCUCUGCCAUUCCAACCCAGGAUGUCGCCUCUGCUAGAGUCUACAGAAGUAAGACCAAAGAAAAGGAGAGGGAAGAGCAGAAUGAGAAGACUUUGGGACAUUCCAUGAGUCAUUCAAGUAACAUUUCUAAGGCUGGGGGUUCUUCGCUGGCGUCGGCUCCGGUGUCCGCCUUCCCUCGAUCUUCUGUCACGCCGUCCAAUCAGGACAUCUGCAGUUCCAGGGCAGUGUGUUCUGAGUGUUGUCACCACAGUCCCGUGCAGUCUGCUGUUGUCUUGAAAGCUCCUCCAGGCCCGAGUUCUCUGACACAAGGGCUCACUGUGACAGUUAUCUGUAAAGACACAUUGUCCAAGAGAAAUUCCUGUGGUUCUGAAUGGGCCCAGGCCUUGAAUCCUGCUGACAAUACCAAAGCCAGAAGAACACUAAAGUUCUCAAAAUCCCUAAACGAUGUGAGUGAGAAGGCCCAGGAUACUGUGGAAACUUUUGACUACGUGGAAAGAACUUGCUCCGAAGGGAAAUUGAUCCUCCCUCCAGAUCCGGGUCUGAGAAUUAACAGGUUCCAUCAGAAGGGAAAAAGAGUGCUGCAUCACAAACCUCUUGGCAAUUCCAAACAUUCUUAUGUUUCCUCCCUUUCUGCCCAUCGGUCAACUGCCUCAGAGGCGGAAGCUGGCAAGGGGGGCAUGCACAUCCCUCUUUUGGAAGAGAAAGCCAAUGGCGAUGCCUUGUCCCGGGGCCGGCGACUGCUCCAGUACCUGUUCUCGCUCUCACACGGCUCGAGCGCCAGCAGCCUGCACAGGUUCCAGGAGCUGGAGAGCCGUGCCGCCCACCUGCACACCACCAAGUCCUCUAGUGGGCUGGCAGGGAGCACGGGCUUCUACUCCGAUGAAAUGGGAGACGACGAUGUCUUUGAGGACAGCACAUCUGCAAAGUGGAAGAGCAAGGUCCUGCGGGCGCCCCUCUGCUCAGCGGAGAAGGACAGUGACCUGGAUUGUCCUUCUCCCCCCUCUGAAAAAUGCCCCCCCAUCUCUCCUGUGUCCACGUCAGGGGAUGCCUGCAGGAUCUGCCACUGUGAGGGGGACGACGAGAGCCCCCUGAUCACCCCCUGCCGCUGCACGGGGAGCCUGCACUUUGUGCAUCAGACGUGCCUGCAGCAGUGGAUCAAGAGCUCGGACGCGCGCUGCUGUGAGCUCUGCAAGUACGAGUUCAUCAUGGAGGUCAAGCUGAAGCCUCUGAGGAAGUGGGAGAGGUUGCAGAUGACGGCCAGUGAGCGCAGGAAGAUCAUGUGCUCGGUGACGUUCCAUGUCAUCGCCAUCACCUGCGUGGUCUGGUCCUUGUAUGUGCUGAUUGACCGUACCACCGAGGAGAUCAAACACGGACAGGCAACAGGAAUCCUAGAGUGGCCCUUUUGGACUAAACUGGUGGUUGUGGCCAUCGGCUUUACCGGCGGACUUCUUUUUAUGUACGUUCAGUGCAAAGUGUACGUGCAGCUAUGGAAGAGACUCAAGGCUUAUAACAGAGUAAUCUAUGUUCAGAACUGUCCAGAAACAAGCAAAAAGAAUAUUUUUGAAAAGUCUGCACUAACAGAAGCCAACUUUGAAAAUAAAGAUGGACAUGGAAUCUGUCAUUCUGACACAAACUCUUCUUGUUGGACAGAACCUGAAGACACUGGAACAGAAAUCGUUCAUGUCUGAUUUUGUGGAGGAAUAGUUUUCCUAGACAUCAAAGAACCGCUGAAGGAAAUUGUUUACUGUCAGUUGUGUACCUUUCCUUAUGUCCUUUAAUAGCAUAGACCGGGCAGGUGACUGUUUUAAUGGCUUCUCUUUUUCUAAACCCUCCUUAGUGAAUCUUCUGGAAAGCCCUCACGUUGGCUGUGCAUGGCCGGGUUCCCCUUCUGCCAGCAUUUGCAUGGGAAGGGAGGUCCCCGUGAUGCUCUAUGAUGGGAUGCUGGCUGUUCUGGCUCAUGAGCAGAAUGAGAGAAUAAAAUGCCAAACCCAAGGGAAGAGCAGGAGCAGGGUGGCACCCUGGCCUCGAAGCCUGGCCUCUCCCAGUUGGCAGCAGUCCCUACCCUGGCACAGAGUGUUCGGGAAUGUCUAGCCAUGAUGAGAAGAUUUCCCUCCUCCCCGAGAAGAGCGUGGGGAGCCAAGUCCCUCUGCCAAUGCUGCCACUGACCGUUUUCCUGAGCAGACGGGGCUGUGGUGCUCUGUGCAUGGUGGCGAGUGAUUCACUAAGCAAACAGCACUUUACAAAAAGAGAAUCUUUAUUUUGUAAUAUGUGUGUCCAGUGGGAUUGACAUUUAAAAGAACAUCUCAUUUAGAAGCCUUCCUUUCAUUAUCUCUUUUACAUUAUAAUAGAUCUAAAACCCUCUUUGCCUUAUAUAUUCUAAGAAACCCGACAUCUACUCUGUGUCCAUAAAAGGGACUUGUGGCUCUAAAGCAAGGACAAACAGAUUGGAGGCUUUUUCCUAACAUUUCAUGGGAAUUAAUGGAUGCCGCAUGGCAAUUUGAGCCUAAUUCUUGUGGUUUCAAGCCUAUUUUAUGACAAGUGUUUAUGUCACAGGCCUUCCCCAAACAUUUCUUUUUGGUCAACUUUGAAAAAGAAGGUUUUGUGAGAUCUAAACGAAAGGAAGCAAGUGAGUAAUUAGAACAAAACUGAAUAUUUAAAAACGACUCCUUUCCGGACAAACCUCUCCAGUUUGUGAGGCUUCACUGAAAGAGUAAGCGUGCACUGCCCUGGCCUGGGGCGCGGCCCCAGAGGGUGCUCCUUGGGUGCCUGCCACCCUGGACGGCUUCUGCUUCGGGGGAGGUUCUGUGGAUCGCUGGCCCAGGAAGAGAGACAGACGGGCUGGCUCUGGGACGAAGGCCAGGAGUGAGCAGCAAACUGCCAUGGCCCAUGGUCACUGCCCUCAGCCAUCCCUCUACCCAUUUAUCGCCUUAACGGGACUGCACAGAGAGGAUUCUUGUGAUCAGUUCGUUCUGUCAUCAGGGAUUAUUUCCUGUACCAUUUUCAUAAGACAAAACCAAAAUCACUACCAUCAAAUGGCCUUUGUCCCUUUAAAAAGUCUGCUUAAAAUUCUGUUUUUUAAAAAUGAGUUUCACAUUACCAGGAAAAUAGGAGUCAACUCCAGGAAAACAGGCCAGGAGGGUCUGCAGUGUAACACGAGCGUGCGCAGGUACUUACUCUCCAGGCGACUCUGCAUGUGUAAGCCUCCUCUGAGGAGAAGGGUGCCCGGGGGUCCUGCCCUCAGUCCCCUGAACCUUAGCUGACUCCCCUGUCCUGCUAAGAGGAUGAAGCAAACACAAGACGAUCCCUUUGCCUUUCAGAGUGGAAGUGCUCUGGUUUGUUUUGAAAGCCUGGAGGAGGCUGAAGUGCAUCUAAGCUCUGGGGGAGGGUAGCUUUGUCCUGCCGUCUCUUCCCAUCCUGUGUCUCAUUUGUUGGCGUCACGGACCCUGGUCUAAGGAGCCACCGCACUGUGGCCUUCCUCUGGCCGUCCCCUGAAAAAUAGGUCAGCCUGCUCGCUCGCUCCACCUCCCAGGCUGCGUCCAUUCGGGCCCGUGUUCACUGUGCCCCAAAGUGCAAUUACCCACACCCCUUCUCAGCCUGGGGACGGCCGGUAGCUACACAGUAUCUCCACUCAGGGGAGCGGAGUCCUGGGCCAGCCCUGCCUGUGCCCCUUAGGAGCUGCCCAGGGAAGGCCCCUUGUCGCUGCCCUCUUAGAGCAGAUGAGCAGUCAUGUGAAGACUGGGAUCGAUUUUUAAGUGGGAUUCCUUCCCCUGUCCCUGAUGGAACCCCUUGCACUGAACUUGAAAGUCACUAGAUUUCUGGCAGAGAGGAAAGUGUGCUUAGGUAGGGACAGCCUCUGGGCAGCCCACCUGUCACGGCUGGCACCCCCUAUGGCAGAGGUGCCUUUAUAACCCAUGACUGCUGUGUUGCUCCUGUGCCUGACCAAAUUCUCAUGUGAAACCCUCACUUCUUUUCAGGAAGGCCUAACACCGUCUCAUCA